AUGCACUCACCUAAUGUCAUCCCCCAACGUAUGGGGCACCAAGCAUUUAUGGAUAUUAAACUCGGACAAAUGUUAUCCCUAUCAUACAAUCGACAUAAAACGAUCCUGCUACCCGCACCUUACGAUACCAACUGCCAAACGUAUGACGUCACCGGCGUGGAGACCGCACACAAACUACGUGCCGAUUGUCUAAGUAGUUGCGCGUACAACAUGUGGUUCCGGUGCCGUAACUGUACCACAUAUUCCCGUAUCCUAUGGCGCCUGGAUUCACUACCGGGUGAACGCAACCCUAAUAUAUGUAAAUUCGGUGAACACUAUUUUAGCGACAGUGGUAUCGUUGAGUUACCAGGGCCAUAUUACUUUGACGAUUAUUGCCAACGUCUGUGUCCCGUCGAUUGUGUUCAAAACUAUUACAGUGUGGCGGUAGUCGAUAGGGAACCGGGAAGGUCGGCCUGGUUUAUGUCGGGAACCGGGAGGGUUUACAUCGGCCUUACACAUAAUCAAUUGCCCGAUCAGGUGACCCAGCACGUGGAGGAAAUGACGUUUAUAGACUUGCUAGCUAAUAUCGGUGGUAUAUUAGGUUUGUGGGUAGGGUGGUCAGUGUUGUCAGUGCUCACAAUGUUCAAGGGCAAUAAAUAA